GAUCUUUUUUCCUCACCACCGAAACAGAAGCUCCUCGAUUAGGCGCUCUUCGUUGCCAAGCAAACUCAGAAUCUUCCAAAUCCAGGUGAAAGUUUCGAUUUUGUAGUAUGAGUCGGUAUCCAAUUUAACUGAAGGAAUCGUUUUUCAUAUGAUAGUUCAGUGAUGAGGACUCGUGGGGCCUCGCCUAACCAUUUAAACGACAGAUCCAGCUCCGAUGAGAGUCGCUCGUUUUUUAAUUGCCUGGAGAAGUUUACAAGUUUGGAUGAUUUGUUGUCUGAGUGUACUUAUAAAGGUGGGAAGAGGAAGACAUGCAAUGGGUUUGGAUGUAAUCUUGUUACUUCAGGGAACACUGUAAAGGAACAACCUUUUGAUGAUGAAUCUCACGGAAGGCAAGAAUGUAGUGAAUCUCUGACUCAAGUAAGAAGAGUUUCUCCGUACUUCCAGGGAGCAACUGUUUCAGAACAGCACAAACAAGGGUGUAAUUCUGAUAGUGUUUCUUCUAAAACUCAAAGUGGAAUAAGCUGUACUAGGAAAGCUAAAGUCCAAAGAGUUUCUCCAUACUUCCAGGGAGCAACUAGUUCACCGUGUGAUUCUGACAACUUUGCUUCUCAAAGUGGAAGAAAACCUAGGAAAAGAUGCAGCAAAGCUCUACCUAAUGUCCGAAAAGUUUCUCCAUAUUUCCAGGGAUCAACUGUUUCAGAACAGCCAAGAGAUUUGCGUCAACAUUUUAAGGUCGCGAAAGUUUCAAGAUAUUUCCAUGGCCUGUCUGCGGAUGGAAUCCAAGUAAAUGAAUCACAAAAGGAGAUAUCAAGAAGGGUGAGGAAAACUCCUCUUGUGAGCCCUUCACUCUCUAAGCGUCAGAAGACUGAUGAGGCAUACCUGCGGAAAACGCCUGAUAACACAUGGGUGCCUCCACGUUCUCCAUGUAAUCUACUUCAAGAAGAUCACUGGCAUGAUCCAUGGCGGGUGUUGGUCAUAUGUAUGCUUCUCAACAAAACUUCUGGUGCCCAGGCGCGAAGGGUGAUAUCAGACCUGUUUGCGCUGUGUCCUAAUGCAAUGACUGCUACACAAGUCGAAGAGAAAGAGAUAGAGACUCUGAUAACACCUCUUGGACUACAGAAGAAGAGAGCCAAAAUGAUACAACGGCUUUCUCUCGAGUAUCUUCAAGAGAGCUGGACUCAUGUCACUCAACUGCAUGGAGUUGGAAAGUAUGCAGCGGAUGCAUAUGCCAUAUUCUGUAAUGGGAAGUGGGAUUGCGUGAAACCUGAUGAUCAUAUGCUAAACUAUUACUGGGAAUUCCUCAGGAUUCGGUAUAAGUUAUGAGUGGGAAGAUACAUGUAUGUAUUGUGCUAAUAAUAUUUUUGUGACUAAGUGAUGACAGUAUGUUUCAAUUGCUUUUUGAAUUUACUUUAGAUGUGAAUCUUCAAAUUCAAAUUGAUUUAGUUUUCCAAACA